AUGUCAAAAACUGAAAGUCGUUUCAAAUCUAAACUUGAAUCUUUAAAAAAAUUUCAACAUUCAGCAUCAACUAAUAGUGCAGUUGAAAAAGCACGAGCAUUUUUUCGCUCUUUAGAACUUAAACAUAUUGGCGGUGGUAGCAGUAGUGAUCAUUCAUCAUCAUCUUCUCGUCGACGUACUACUACUACUACAACCACUAAUAAUACUAAUAAUAAUAUUAAUAAUGCUAAUUUACUUUCUUCUUCAACAUUUCCUUUUCCUUCUUCAAUUUCUUCAUCAAGUUCAUCGUCAAUUAUUGACGAUACUCAUAAUACAAUAUCAACAACGACAACAAAUGAUUCGUCGUUGAAAUCAAAAAAUUCUGCAAAUGGUAUUGAAAAAGCAAGAAUUAUUCGAGUUAUUAAUCCAAAUUAUAUAAAUCAAAAAGAUAUGAUUGUUCAUCGAGUUCUACAAAACGAAUACGAUAAUCGUCAAUCAACAUCAUCUUAUUUGUAUUCUCCACAAAUAUUAUCUCAAAGAAAUAUUCAACCACCUAAACAAUAUUAUAAUGAACGAAGUCAAACUUAUUCAGCUUCAUUUGACAAACAUCGAGAAGUACAAGCUAAAUACGAUUCACGUCCAUUGUCGCCUGCAUCUGCUUUAAAUUCCAAUAUAAGAUAUUCAAAUAGUAUUUAUCCAAAUAGUCCACCAACAAUUCAUUCAAAUAUAAACAAUGGAAUAAUCUUAAAUAAUUCAAUGUCAACUUCGUUAUAUAAUUAUCGACCAUUAGUUUGUCGUCAAAUGGAACCUUCAUCAUCAAUGUCAUCAUCAUUUCAUGAACAAUCUUACAGUUCAUUUGAUCCAAUAAUUCGACCAUUACCAUCAUCAGCUUCGUCAUCAUCAAUGUCAAUAUGGACUCAAAGUGUUCGUCGUCUUAAUACAGAAUAUACAUCAACAAUAAAUGCUCUUCAACAAGCUAAAGACUCUUUAAAACAAACUUAUCCCAAUACAACAGAUAAAAUAUCACAAUACGCUAAUUUAGUAGCACGUGGCAUAAAUGAUCUUUCAAAUAAUGAAACAAAACAAUUAUCAGGCAUUACUGUUUGUUUAACAGCACCUAUAUCUCAAGAUUCUUGUUCAUUAUCAUCACAAAUACCAAAAAUCUCCAUUCAACAAGAGAAAAACUCUUCAUCAACAAUGUUCUGUAAACCUAAAUUAGUUCGACCCGUAGAAUUAGAUACAUUUAUUCCAUCAAUACCUCAAUUAUCUAAAUUAGAACCGAUUUCAAUUGUUAAUGAAAAAAUUGAAAAACCAGAUUCAAUUGCUAAUAUUAUUAAAAAAUUUAAUAAUCUUCAUAAUUCAUCAACAAUAUUAAAAUCUUCAAUUAAUAAAGAUAAUAAUAAUGAUUCAUUAUUAUCUGAAAUAAAAAAAGAUCAACAAGAAUGUUUAUCAAAAACUAUUCUUCACGAUCUUAUUCCGUCGAAAAAAGAUCAAUCAAAUAUUUCUUCAUUAUCAUCAACAACAAAUUUAAAUACAACUUUAUCUCCUCAUGUUCAAUUUGAACCAUCAAUAGUUACAUAUGAAUUAGAUGAUAUACCUUAUCAAUCUUCACCAUCGUCUUCAGAAUCUUCAUCAUCUGUUUCACAAAAUUCAACUAGUAGUACAGCAACAACAUCAUCAUUAUCAAAUGAUGGACAUACUCCAUCAGAUAAUACUACUCAAGAAGAGACAACAUAUACUGUUGAAACAUUUUAUAAAACUGCAAAUAAUUUAUCAUCGUUAAAUAAUCAAGAACUUGUUAUUAUUCGAGAAAAUACAACAGAAGAACAAUUUAAUUUAGCACGAGAAAAACAACAUCAAGAUAAAUGUGUAAAUCAUCAAACUUCAUCACAAAAUACAUUUAGAAAUAAUGAAACAAAAAUUCCAACAUUAAAUACACCUUUACGUACACAUCGUAAUGUAACAAUUAAAAAAAUAACACCAACGUCAUCCAUUACAGAAACACAAGAUAAGAUAUAUGAAAAUUAUCAUUCAGUUAAACCAUUAUCACACGUAACAAACAACUUUAUCUCCGACAGUUAUCUUGAUAAAGACAAUCAGACAACGAAUGACGUCGUUACUAUCAAUCCUCAUACAUAUUCACCAUCAUCUUAUUGUUUAGUCAGUAGUUCAUCAUCAUCAUCAAGUAGUACAUCAUCACCAUCAUCAGCUUCAACUGUUCUUCUUAGUAGUCAUAGUAAGGUUACUACUCCUCCAAUUUCUUCAAGCGUAACAAAAACUUCAACUAGCACAAACAGUAAUCUUACAAAAACUAUUAAUAAAUCUAUUUCACAACUUCCCAAACGUACAACAAUCACACCAACAACUUCGAACGUCUCUCGUUUAAAACAACCAACAAAAAUUGUUUCAUCUCCAAGUAAAUUAAAACCACCAUCAUCAACAACCACAAAACCAAUAAAAUCAAUGAUUGUCAAUAGUACAUCUGCACCAACAACAACCAUCAAUACAUCAUCGAUACGAAAAUCGACAGGAAUAACGAAUCAAUCAUCUUCGAUGGCGAAUAAUAUUGUCAAUAAAACUACUCAAGAACAGUCGUCAUCAUCACCAUUAGUUACUGGAAAAAAACAACAAUUAGUCAACGGAACUAGUAUAAGUGAAUCACAAAAUCCUACAGAUUCAUCGUUUUCGAUCGGUAAAAAUCGUGUAAGAUCAAUGGUUAAUCAACUUAAUGCUGCUGUAUCAUCAUCUCGUCCAACUAUUCCAUCGACAACGUCUGGUAAACGUACAUCAAUUCCUUCAUCAUCGGUUAAUGUUCGUCGUCCAGUCUCUAUGGAACCAACAAUGAAUUCAACAAUAUCAACUAACAAAACUGCGAUAACAUCACCAAGUCGUCCAUCACUUCAACGAGCAAUGACAAUUAAUAAUACUCCAGUAACACCAUCGCCACCAUCAACACCCCCGACAACGAAUAAUAAUAUUCCAUCGACUUACAAACGAAAAACUCCACUUAUUCGUUCAACAUCAAAUGUAAAAGAAGGUCUUCUUCGUUGGUGUCAAGCACAAGUUGCUGAUUAUCCUAAUGUAUCAGUAACAAAUCUUUCAUCAUCAUGGUCAGAUGGACUUGCUUUUUGUGCUCUAACACAUCAUUUUUUUCCUGAUGCAUUUGAUUUUAAUAGUUUAUCACCUGCAAAUCGUAAAGAAAAUUUUGAACUUGCUUUUCGUAUUGCUGAAGAACGUGCCGGUGUACCACGAUUACUUGAUGUUUCGGAUAUGCUUAUUAUGGGCAAUACACCUGAUUAUAAAUGUAUAUUUACUUAUCUCAAUUCGUUUUUGGCUAAAGUUAAAGAUAUUCAUCCAACUACCAACCAUGUUCAACAACAUUGA